AUGGCUGACGAGACAAUACCACCGAGUCCGCCUGAGAGCAGUGUCGCAAGUCCCGAAGAAAGAGCUGGCUCGCCGUCUCCCAGCGUUGAUGCCUCACUAGCUCUCGAUGCUGUGCCGCUGCUGGACUGCUCCCGGUCGGUGUCAACUCCCUCCAGCACCUCCGGGUCCACAAUCUCCCGGCGAUCACGAAACUCGAGACUCAGCGAUGGAGGAGCAACAGUGGUCAGAAGGAGAGGCUAUGUACGGCCACAAGGGACGUUGUUCGCCGAUUCCGCUCGCAACAGGGAUAGUGUGAUGAGCUUGGGAAGCAUCGCCCAUAUGCAAUACUACUUCGCCAGGACGGGCCUGCUAGAUGGGAAGGGAGCACAGCUCGCAAAGGAGGAACGCAAGAAGAAUGCGUCUUACGACGAUAAGGAGAACAAGGCACCUUUCAUGUUCCGUGGUAGCACGAUCGAUGACUACAACAUCGGCAGGCUGUCACUAGGGGAAAGUGGUGCUGCGUAUGCAAAGUCUGACCCAGGAGCCGACGAUCUGGUCGAGGGCCCGGCCGAUAUACACGCCAAAGGUGAGAUCUGGGCAGACUGGAGUGACCCCAUCAUGCUACCGCCUACUGUCAGCACUUAUAAAGUCAAGCCGGAAUACGUGGAGCCUCUCCCUGAUAUGCCAGUCCUUCGAAGAGAGCUCAAGGAAGCACUACAAGAUGCCCUUAAAGUGCUCGAAGAGACACAGAAACGUGAAGAUGCCGAACGACCCAAUGUUGCAGAGGACAGUGGCUUCUAUGAGAUCCAGGGUCUGCACUUGUUGGACAUCAUCACCUUGGCUAUCCGUGCCGCGAAGAACUACUACACAGCUCAUACAAAUCCCCAGAAGCUGUAUGCCAUCAAGUCGGAAAAGGAGAUCCGGGCAGAGCUGUACCAGGUUCUCGAUGUGCUGAAACGUAUGGCAAGUCGCAAUUUCCGAGGUGGGAUCCGGCUGGAAGAGCUUGUCUCGAUCAUCACCUGGAUCGAAAGUAUCGACAAGUUGUGGAAGAAGGAAGAGGCGCAGGAGGAAGCCGAGGCGGCGGAAAGGGCAUCGUGGUCGUGGAGGGAGAGCGAUUGGACUAGCCGAGAGCGCGAACGCGAAUGGCUGUUUAUGAGGUCCUUCGAUCAAGACGAGCCAGCGCUACCACAGUGGCCGGAAUCGAGUGACGACCAGCAAUUGCCCAACGACUUCCUCACCACACUACAAGAUGGUCAGCGCCUGGUCAAACUCCACAACGCCCUUGUCGCCAGAAGCAAACGCAAAUUCCACGAAAUCAAAACCUGGCAUACCGAUGUCGCCAAACCCUAUCGCAUGGCCGAGAACCUGCUAUACUGGAGCAAAGCCGCCGAGCUCAGAUGGGAGACCAUUCUGACAGUUCCUGCUCUUGAUAUCGUCCACGGCAAAGACGACGCAACGUGGAAGAUGUUCGACGAAGCCAUCUUCAAAUGGUGUCAAGCCGUCAGAACAGAGUUGACGGAAGAAUGGGACGAAGAAGCCCGAAAUCAAGAACGCAAACGGCCUCCGGAGUUGAAGAUCGACGGAGCCGUGGAAGAUGAUCCCUGUGGCGGAGCGGAGCAGGAUGAUAGUGGCGUCGAGGGCUUGAACAUGGCAGCUGCAGCAUAG